CAUGAUUUAACAAAAACUUUCCCAAUACAAUUUAUUUUAAAUGUAGGCAAAAACGUAAGAAAUACUUAGACCACACGUUUGCAAUAAUCAUAAACAAGGAAAAAAUAUAUAAAAUAUACAACACGGAUAUAUAUAUUAUAGGGUUAUUUUUUCUUGUUCAUGAAUUUUGCAAAAGUGUGGUCUAAGUUCUUACGUUUUUGCAAUCAUUUAGAAGAAAUUUUAGAAUAAAAAUUUUUGAUGAUUCAUGAUUUGUAAGUUAAAACGUCCAAACGCAUAUUUCACGAACAAAUUUGUGCGUAUGCAUGCUUAGUGAACGAGACCCAAUAUUUACCAGCAUAGCUGUGAUGUAUUUACAGUGUUCUCUGAUGUCUCAAUAUCAAAGUACCUAGGUGUAGGUUUGAGAUAUUUUUCAUGCUAGAAUCUUCCCACGAUAUACUUGAAUGGCCCACUGAAUGGAUCUCUCUUCUUUGAAUGCCUAGUAAUAAGAAAUCAUGUUGGCAUGGAUACACCCAGUAGCUCUCAAGCUUUUCAUUCAGAAUUUGAGGAACAAAGUGUGCCUGUAUUUCUUUCAUUCAUUUCAAGUCCUCUGGAAUGUCAAGCUAUUCAUUACCUAUAAUUGUCUUGCAAGGCACGACUCUGGGGGGUUUAUUUCGAGCAAGACCUACGUGAAGUGGCAGUGACUCAUUUUCUCAACUAAAUUUGACUUUCAAUUCAAUACAUUUAUCGUUGUCAAUUACAUGAUAGUUAUACUAAUAUGUACUGUAUAUGUUUGCAAGAAGUAGCAAGAUAGUAUAUGCCAUUCUGUUUUAGUAAAUAAAAUAUUUUUUAACUUUGGCCCAAAAAAGCUAUAAAUGACACAGGCAAAACUAUCUUACUUACUAACUAGAUAUUUUUUGGUUUGUUAAAGAUGAAAAAGUACACUUUAGGCCCCAAAAAUAUAUUUUUUAAAACAGCUACAUGUAUGAUUAAAGUUGUUGAGAAGAUGAAUAUAAACAAAACGAGACUUUCUGACAUUCAUAAUGGGUACUUGGUUGGUUGGCAAUGGGAAAUUGCAUUGCAACCAACAAAGUUGCUAACUUAGUUAGCAAAUGGUUUUGGGAAACGCCCCCCCCCGAACGUUUAAAGAAAUUUCCAGAGAUUUUUGUAUUAUGCUAAUAAAGCAUUAAUGAUGUAAUUGGUUAAUUGGUCACAUGACAUCUACACAGGUGUGAAUGUUAAUUAAGUGUCACUACAAAAGGAGAUGAGUGCUGACAUGAACUCAAACAGUCUUUGUCUUUCACUUGCAUUCAGAAGUUGUAUCUGCCCAUCAUGUCUGGCCGUGGAAAGAAAACCGUAGCUGCAGCAAAGAGCAAAACUUCAGUGUCGCGUUCGUCGCGCGCCGGCCUGCAGUUUCCAGUUGGCCGCAUCGCGCGUCUCUUGCGGAAGGGAAACUACGCGUCACGCAUCGGUUCUGGCGCGUCGGUUUAUCUGACGGCGGUCAUAGAGUAUCUCUGCGCGGAGGUGCUCGAACUCGCAGGCAACGCAAGCAGAGACAACAAAAAGGUCCGCAUCACGCCGCGUCACAUUCAGCUGGCUGUAAGAAAUGACGAGGAGCUGAACACGCUGCUGGGAGGCGUCACGAUCAGUGAAGGAGGAGUUCUCCCCAACAUCCAGGCCCAACUUCUCCCCAAAAAGACCAAAGCUCCGAGAGAUGCCAGCAGCGCAAAAGAUGUUCAGUCUCAAGACUUCUGAAAUGCACUUAUGUUUUUAAAGCUCGUUUUGUAUUAAAUACUUUAUUUACA